ACUCUCAGAAGGCAUAAUAAAUCUGUCAACUGGUUUCCUCUCCUCUCCCCAAAGCUCACGUAUACCCAACACUCCAUUAUAUCAAACAUCAACAACUAUGGCACCCAAGAUCCUCUUCGUCCUUACCUCCCACAACAAGCUGGGCAACGUCGACAAGCCCACCGGAUGGUACUUGCCAGAGCUGGCCCACCCCUACCAUAUUCUUCACAACAAGGCCGAAAUCACAGUCGCAUCGCCAAAAGGUGGUGAGUCGCCUCUCGACCCAUCAUCAGUUGAGGCUGCCAAGGAUGAUGUCUCUGUCAACUUCUUGAAGAACAACGAAUCGGUCUGGAAGAACACACAGAAGCUGGACCAGUUCGUUGGAAGGGCCAAGGACUUCGAUGCAAUCUUUUACGUCGGUGGUCAUGGCCCCAUGUUCGACCUUGUCGACAACCCCACAUCUCAGCAGCUCAUCCGCGAGUUCUGGGAGGCGGAUAAGAUUGUCUCAGCAGUCUGCCACGCACCUGCAGUGUUUUAUGACGCCAAGCUCUCAGACGGCAGCCUCUUGGUUGCUGGCAAGGAGGUCACAGCUUUCACAAAUGUCGAGGAGGAACAGGCUGGCUUGACAGACGCCGUGCCUUUCCUUCCUGAGGAUGCGCUGCAGAAGGCCUCGGGCGGCAAAUUCGUCAAAGCCGCCGAGCCGUGGGGCGAGAAGGUCGCUAUCUCUGGACGCCUGAUCACUGGACAAAACCCAGCGAGUGCGACAGCUGUUGGGGAGGCCCUCGCGAAGGCAUUAGGAAUCUAGGUUCCAAUAGCUAAGUAGAAAGGAAUAGAUAAAAGUCAC